ACCAUGGCAACUGCUUAUCACGCGCGACCUUUGGAUCGAGUUUGGGAGUCGAAGAUGAUCCGUGGAGGCAUGACGAGGGCGCAGGAAGAGAGGGUUCGGGCCGAGAAUCGCCGAAGAGAGUACGAGCGAGAGGACAACAAGCGACUGGUGGCGCGUGAGAAGCUGAUGCGCACCAACGUGGCGGCCGACGAGCGCGUGGAGAACAAGCGGUUCGUGCGGCGACUGCAGCAGGAGAAGAUGGAGAUGGAGAUGGAGGAGAGGAUACUGGAAUCAGAGAGACAGCGAGUCUUGAAACAGAAGCAGGCGGAACAAGAGGAAAAGCUGGCCAAUGAGAUGAAACGGCUGAAAUGGGAGCAGCAGAAAGACGAGAGAAUGAGACAGCAAAUCAAGGAAAACAGUCUUGAACUAAGAGAGCUGGAAGCUAGGCUAAAGGCUGGCUACAUGAACAAAGAGAGGGCCGCUCAGAUUGCUGAAAAGAACGUCCUUAAGACAAAAGACGAGGUGUAUGAGAGGGAGAUGGCGGAGGUAAUGAAGAAGGAGUACGAGAAAGCGACAGAGUUGGAGAGGAUGAAGGAUGUGGAUAAAGCCCAGCAGUCAAUCCAGUACCAGGAGAUGCUGGAAAAACAACUCGAAGAACAGGAGAUGAAACGUCAGGCAGAGUACAAAGAAUUCCUCAAGGAAAAACUGAUGAUUGACGAAAUCGUUCGCAAGAUUUACGAAGAAGACCAGCGGUAAUAAGUCAAACCUUGUCCUUGUGUUUCUGCAUACCCUAUUCAAUGCCCACCAUCUCUAGAGAACUGGAGGCAAGGUUGGAAAAGCAGAAGGCUACCAGGAAGUUUAUCGAUGAGUUCAUGCAAAAGAGAGAGGAGUGGAAGGAGCACGAGCGAGAGCUGAUGGAGGAGGAGAACCGACGUAUUCUGGAGUUCAGUCAUCAGCAGCAGGUGCGAGAGGAGGUUCGCAUGGAGGAGGCCAAGAAACAGGAACAGGCCAUGGCUGCCGUUCAACGGAAGUUGGCAGAGGAGAUCACUCAAAAGAGGUCUGAGGCUGAAGAGAUGGACAGGAUUCGAACGGAGCUCUACCUCGAAGAGCAAGAGGAGUUGGAGAGACAGAAAGAGAGGAUGGCCAUAGAGGCCCAGUUACGGCGUCGUCUGGAGCUCCAGUCGGCCCACAAGGACUACCUGGAGUUGAAGGAACAGAAGAGGGUGGCAGAGAGGCAGGAGGAGGAGGAGUUCAGGAGAAUGAUGAUGGCCAAGUUUGCCGAGGACGACCGAAUUGAACAGAUGAACGCCCAGAAGAGACGCAUGAAACAAUUAGAGCACCGUAGGGCAGUGGAGAAGUUGAUAGAGGAGCGCAGACUGCAGUUCCAGAGGGAGAAGGAGGAAGAGUUGGAGGAGAGGAAGGCAGAGGAGGCCGCCAUGAGGGAGAGACGGGUCAUCAUAGAGCAGGAGAGACAGAGGCUGCUCAGGGAACAUGCCAACAAGCUGUUGGGGUACCUUCCUAAGGGAGUACUGAGGGACUCCCAAGACCUGGAACUCCUGUCUCCAGAAUUCAAACAGCAGUAUCAGAGAAGAAAGGUCGACCCUUUCGAAGAGCUCUAGACACACUCUCGCCACAACUUUCAAAAGAACAAUCUUUACGACGUGUAUAAUAAUAAUAUAGCUCCGUUUCUUUUCCCAUUAUACAUAGCUGUAUAGGAUUGUGUUACUAAUACUAUAUAGGAAUGUUGAACACACGCUGUGCGAAACUGUUUGGCCCACACAGCCAGCCGCACACCAAUUCAGGCACUAUAUUAUAUACAGGUGGGCUCACUUUCAGGUAUAGAUUAAGCCGGUCAUGUAGCUCCGUUUGUACAUUAUCAAUCACUUAGACUCCUCAUUCUCGUGUGCGCAAAAUGUUACCACAAACUAAUUUUUUCGUUAUACAGACA